GGCCUGCUCUCUCUGGGGCAUCUCCUCUCCUCUCUGCUGUGAGACCAGCCCAUCCAUUCAGGCUCCCACCUUCUCUUUCCUGGGCCCUGUCAGCCUAGAUGCAUAGAACUAAGAUGGAAGGGCAAGAGCCUGUUGUCGUCAAGUUAGAAGUAUUUUCUUGUGCUGUUCAGACAGAGAACAAUAGAGUAUUCUGGGAGGACCCUUGGAAGAAAGAACGGGAGAACACUGUGCUCGAUUCAGUCUUUCAGUGCCAACUCUUCAGACAAUUCUCCUAUAAUGAGGCUGCAGGACCCAGAGAGCUUUGCAGCCGCCUCCACUCUCUGUGCCGCCUGUGGCUGAAGCCCGAGCGACACUCCAAGGCGGAGAUGCUGGACCUGGUGAUCCUGGAGCAGUUCCUGGCUGUCCUUCCUGCGGAGAUGGAGCGCUGGGUGAGGGAAUGUGGGGCAGAGACCAGUUCCCAGGCCGUGGCCUUGGCUGAAGGCUUCCUCCUGAGUCAGGAAGAGGAGAGGAAGCGGGAGAAGCCCCAGGUGCAGGACUCUGUUGCUGGUGAGACCAACCAGGUGGAGGAGUCUCCUUCAGACACCACGUGCGUUGUCCAGACUGGAAAUGGAGAAUCUAUCACAGUUGGCAGUGAAACAGGGCCAAGUGACAGUAACACAACUUUUCAUGAUCCUUUCCUAAGAAGAAAUUCUGCAGGACCAGAUCAGGUGACUUUUGAAGAUGUAUCUGUGGAUUUCUCGGAGGAGGAGUGGGCCCUCUUGGAUCCAAGCCAAAGAGCCUUACACCAACAAAUCAUGGAGGAGAAUUUAGGGAUCGUGUCAUCUCUAGAAAAGCCAUCAUUUAAAUGCUUGGAAUGUGGAAAAAAAUUACCUUGGAAGUUUGGCCUUGUUUAUCAUCACGCAACGCACACAGGAGAGAGACCAUUUAAAUGUUCAGACUGGGAAAAGAGCUUUAGUCAGAAAUCACACUUUGUUGGCCAUCAGAAAACUCAUGCAGGAGAAAGACUUAAAUGCCCUGAGUGUGGAAAGAACAUCAGUCAGAAGGGAGAUCUUCACCACAAAAAAACUCACACAAGAGAGAGACAGUUUAAAUGCUCAGAAUAUGGAAAGAGCUUUGGUUCCAAGCAGAUCCUUGUUUAUCAUCAGGCAACUCACACAGGAGAGAAGCCAUUUAAAUGCUUGCAGUGUGAAAAGAACUUUAGCAGCAAGAGGAACCUUAUCCGUCAUCAGGCAACACAUUCAGGAGAGAAGCCAUUUAAAUGUUUGCAGUGUGAAAAGAGCUUCGGUCACAAGCACGUCCUUAUUAACCAUCAGGCAACUCACACAGGAGAAAAGCCAUUUAAAUGCUUGCAGUGUGAAAAGAGCUUUAGUCAAAAGAGCAACCUUAUCAGUCAUCAAGCAACUCACACAGGAGAGAAGCCAUUUAAAUGCUUGCAGUGUGAAAGGUGCUUCAGUAAUAAGAGCAGCCUUAUCAAUCAUCAGGUAACUCACACAGGAGAGAAGCCAUUUAAAUGCUUGCAGUGUGAAAAGAGCUUCAGUCUGAACAAAAACCUUAUUGUGCACCAGGCAACUCACACAAGAGAGAAGCCAUUUAAAUGCCUGCAGUGUGAAAGAAGCUUCAGUCAAAAGAAAAGUCUUAUCAGUCAUCAGGCAAUUCACACAGGAGUGAAGCCAUUUAAAUGCUUGGAGUGUGGAAAGAGCUUCAGUCAAAAGAGCAACCUUGUUAGUCAUCAGGUAACUCAUACAGGAGAGAAGCCAUUUAAAUGCUUGCAGUGUGAAAAGAGCUUUAGCAGCAAGAGGAACCUUAUCCGUCAUCAGGCAACACAUUCAGGAGAGAAGCCAUUUAAAUGUUUGCAGUGUGAAAAGAGCUUCAGUCACAAGCACGUCCUUAUUAAUCAUCAGGCAACUCACACAGGAGAAAAGCCAUUUAAAUGCUUGCAGUGUGAAAAGAGCUUCAGUCAAAAGAGCAAUCUUAUUCAUCAUCAGGCAACUCACACAGGAGAAAAGCGAUUUAAAUGCUUGCAGUGUGAAAGGUGCUUCAAUAAUAAGAGCAGCCUUAUCAGUCAUCAGGCAACUCACACAGGAGAGAAGCCAUUUAAAUGCUUGCAGUGUGAAAAGAGCUUCAGGCUGAACAAAAACCUUAUUGCGCACCAGGCAACUCACACAAGAGAGAAGCCAUUUAAAUGCCUGCAGUGUGAAAGAAGCUUCAGUCAAAAGGGAAGUCUUAUCAGUCAUCAGGCAAUUCACACAGGAGUGAAGCCAUUUAAAUGCUUGCAGUGUGAAAAGAGUUUCAGCCACAAGAGCAAUCUUAGUCGUCAUCAGGUAACUCACACAGGAGAGAGGCCAUUUAAAUGCAUGCAGUGUGAAAAGAACUUCAGUCAAAAGGGAAGCUUUAUCAGUCAUCAGGCAAUUCACACAGGAGUUAAGCCAUUUAAAUGUUUGGAGUGUGAAAAGAGCUUCAGUCAGAAAUCAUACCUUGUUCGUCAUCAGGCAAUUCACACAGGACAGAAGCCAUUUAAAUGCUUGGAGUGUGAAAAGAGCUUCAGUCAAAAGAGAAUCCUCAUUGUACAUCAAACUACUCACACAAGAGAGAAGCCAUUUAAAUGCUUGGAGUGUGAAAAGACCUUCAGUCAAAAGGUCAACCUUAUCAGUCAUCAGGCAACUCACACAGGAGUAAAGCCAUUUAAAUGCUUGCAGUGUGAAAAGAGGUUCAGUCACAAGCACACCCUUAUUCAUCAUCAGGCAACUCACACAGGAGCGAAGCCAUUUAAAUGUUUGCAGUGUAAAAAGAGCUUCAGCCACAAGCACGUCCUUAUUAAUCAUCAGGCAACUCACACAGGAGAGAAGACAUUUAAAUGCUUGCAGUGUGGAAAGAGCUUCAGUCAGAAAUCAUACCUUAUUCGUCAUCAGGCAAGUCACACAGGAGAGAAGCCCUUUAAAUGCUUGCAGUGUGAAAAGAGCUUUAGUCAAAAGAGCAACCUUAUCAGUCAUCAGGCAACUCACACAGGAGAGAAGCCAUUUAAAUGCUUGCAGUGUGGAAAGAGCUUCAGUCAGAAAUCAUACCUUGUUCGUCAUCAGGCAAGUCACACAGGAAUGAAGCCAUUUAAAUGCUUGUAGUGUGAAAAGAGCUUCAGUCACAAGAGAAUCCUCAUUGGACAUCAGGCUACUCACACAGGAGAGAAGCCACUUAAAUGCUUGCAGCGUGAAAAGAGCUUCAGUCGGAAAUCAUACCUUGUUCGCCAUCAGGCAACUCACAGCGGAGAAAAACCAGAGUGUUGAAAGCGCUGCCGUUGACAUAUAAGCCUCCUUUUUAUACUGGUCUGUACUUUUCUCUACUGGGCUAGACUGGCCCCAUAAGCUUUGUUGGGCAAAAGAGCUUAAUAACAAAAGAACCUCACCAUAAAAAUAUUAAGCAGCUUAUUUAGCAGCAGCAGCAUGACCCAGAACCAAUAGCCAGUAUAAGACGAAAUAAAAACACACAGACUAUUGCUAUCUUCCUUUCGGAGGCCUUUCUUGUAGAAAAAUAAUAUAAUUAUAAACAAGAUUAUUUAUAUUUCCUGGUUAUAUCUUUGCUUCAGCUUCUUGCCUUCAUGCUGGGCUUCUCUCUCAUGUAGAUAAGGAACAUACAACAAACUUCAAACUGAAGCAGCUCUCUCCUUAGAGUAGACAAACACAGCAGUCCUUACACCAAGGCAUUCUUGACACACGAGGGAGUCUUCACACAGGAGGAGCAAGUAACUCACAGGCACACCUGUUUAUAUUACCCAAAAUGCUUUGCUUAGUCAUUGCAUCAUUUGAACUCUUUUAGUGCCUGUACAUCACUUUGUAAUUUAAAAUACACUGUUAACGUUCAAUAUUUCUGACACAACUCGAAUGGAAGAAAUGGGGUUAAGGCAACUUUGCUUGUUUUACAUCAGAGAGUGCAUGAAUCGUUGUGAUAGAAACACUGAGUUAAAAAGCUGUGGCUUUUGGGGAAAAUAAUAACCUGACCAGUUUUCUUUGAUGAAAUAUCUCAUUAAACAUAAGUGAUAAUAUUUUGAGAGCUAAAGGAAGGAUAUUUCAGGGUUUUUUAAUCGAUUCAUUAAUACUGGUUACUGCAACUAUUUCCUGCCAUAUAUAUUCAGGGUUAAAAAUACAUUUAAUUGAGAAGUUUGAUGAAAAGUGUGGGAAUGGCUUCAAUUCAUGAUUAACAGAACUGUGUAUUGUGUAAUUCUAUGUAUGUUGGACUGGGUUUUCUUCUUUGAAAUUUCUAAUAAAGCAUAACAGAUAAA